AGAGAGCCCUUUACCAGUCGCUUGAAGUUAAGACUCUCAAUCUUGACGGCGUCCUCGUCUCUUGCGGGCUUCAAGUCCUUGGUUUCCUUUGCCUUCCGUCUCUUCUCCUUCUUUGCCUUGCCCUUGAUGUUGGUGUCGAACAUCUCAGCCUCCUCCUUGGCUGCAUCGGCCUUGGCCUCAAUGGUGAUCUUCUUCUGUUCGAGAGGUGUAAGGACGCUUCCGCCGCCACGGGGGAACAGAGGCUCUUCAUCCUUGAGCAAGGCCGAGACGGCGGGAGCCCUCGGCGCAGGAGCAUCCGCGGUCGCCGUCUUCUUUUCCUUUGUGGGAGUAUCGCGCUUCGAUGGCCGGGACACCUUGGAGGCCUUUGCUGCUUUGGAUGGAGGAGUACCCCCGGGGGCAUCCUUUCGCUUAAGUGAACUCAUAUUUGUUGUUGCGCCCAAAAACGAGGUCGCAAUUGCUUGCAACAGUUCCGGACUCGAUGUUAUGGAGGAGCAGGUUCAAGAAAAAAGACCCAGGGACCUUUUUGCGCCUGCUCCACCGAAACAUUUUUUUUCAAGCGUCGGGCGGGAUGUAGAGCGAUAAGAUAAGUGGUAUCGAUAAGACAUGGCUUAUCGAUAGAGUGAUCAGACAAGCUGAUAUUG